UCAGUCCAGUAGUGAAACCAGUAGUCAGGUCCAAGUCCUCCGAGGAGGACUCACUCUGCUCCCCCUCCGUGUUGUUCAGCUUUCAGGUCCAGGUGGACACCUCUAGUCUCCACUGUCUCCAGUAUGUCUCCAUCCACGUCCCCCCGGUUCUUCACGGAGAGGGAGGUGUUGCUGCACCGCUCCAAGGACUCCUGCUGGGUGUUGCUGGACAACAGGGUUUACGACGUGACCUCCUUCUUGCGGAUGCACCCGGGCGGUGAGGCGCUCCUCCUCCGGCGGGCAGGCAAGGACGUGAGCCGGGAGAUGGAGGGACCUCCACACCGGCACUCUGAGAACGCCCGGCGGUGGAUGGAGCAGUACUACAUUGGGGAGCUGGACACAGACAGAGACACCGACCAGGCUCAGACUCUGAGAGAGAGGAGGAAGGCCAGCGAGCAGACAGAAGGACAGAUGGCAGAAAAGACGACAGACAAUAAGGUGAAAGAGGAGGACGAGGAGGACGAGAAUGAUGCGUAUAACCGCUGCAGCUCUGUGGACCUGGACAAGGAUUUGGUGGACUGGCGGAAGCCCCUUGCAUGGCAGGUUGGCCACCUCGGAGAGAAAUAUGAUGCGUGGGUUCACCAGCCGGUCGACAGACCGAUCAGACUGUUUGGAAACCCCUUCAUGGAGGCCAGCACCAAGACUUCCUGGUACUGGGUACCAGUGGUGUGGCUUCCUAUCGUCUUCUAUUACAGUUGGUACUGCUACACCACCCUGGCAAAGGGCACCACCAGGCUAGACCUCACUUCAGACUUCUCUAUCCCGAUCCAUAAGUACAUUUUCCCACUGCUCUUUCUGACGGGCUGGUUCUUGUGGUCGUUCAUCGAGUACUGCAUCCAUCGCUUUGUCUUUCACAUGAAACCACCAGCCCAUAACUACUACCUCAUCAUGAUACACUUCCUCCUGCACGGACAGCACCACAAGUCUCCGUUUGACGGCUCUCGGCUGGUCUUCCCCCCCGGCUUGGCCUCCUUAGUGGUGGGAAGUUUCUACCUGACCCUCUGCAGCACGCUCCCAGAGAUCCUCGGGACAUCCGUGUUUGUCGGAGGACUGUGCGGCUACGUCGUGUAUGACAUGAUCCACUACUACCUUCACUACGGUUCGCCAAAGAGAGGCUCGUAUAUGUACAGCCUGAAGGCCUACCACGUGAAACACCACUUUGAGCACCAGAGAGCAGGUUUUGGAAUCACCUCCACGUUCUGGGAUCACCCCUUCAACACAGUCAUCCCUGAUGAGAAGUUCUAACACAAAAACGGCUCUCCUGAAGGGCCACAGGACUAAUCAACCACCCUCCCUAGCAACCAGCCCACAUGCUAUAACCACCCUGACACCCGUAGUUCAAUCUCUGCAGCCAUAGCUUUCACAGCCAAGGAGGAAGUUCCACUUCUGAGGUCUCCUGGGCCACUGCAACUAAUCCAUACUCUAUCAGCCAUGCUUUUUGAUUCCAGCCAGCAACACAGUCUUUGCCUGACCUCAGUCAUGUGGGUGUGUGCGUGUGUGUGCGUGUGUGUGUGUGUAUGUGUGUGUGUGUGUGUUGACCAGUCCACACUGUAAUCAUUCCUGCACUGUUAUUAGCCAUUUUUUAAAUAACCAACAUCUACUACUACGGUCCACUUUACCGCACUGACAUCCCCAGCCAAGUCAUCGGAGGUGGGCCACGGAGAGAAAGAGACACACGCAUAUGAACAGACACACAUACAGUACAAGCAUGUGCACAGUAUAUAUUUUGAUUGAUGUGGUUUAAUUCAAUUUGAAGGAAUUACAGAAUUCUUCUAUAGCUGUAUAAUACUGUAGAGCACAUUCAAAAUUACACUGAAGAAACUCAAAAAAUACAAACGAAAAUACGAAAUGCACGCUCUUUUCCUGGUUUCUGGUACUAGGACUACCGACUGAAUGAACUAUAAGAAACAACAUCAUAGGAAAAUGUAAACAUAUUAAUACUUUUCAAAACAUUAUUAGUUAUAUACUUAAUGUCACCUGAAGAAAAACAACAGAUUAUUAUUAUUUUAGGAAAGUUACAGUUAAUAUGCGUAUAAGUUUGAGAACCACUGAUUUAGACCCACAUUGACCAAUGGAAUUGUGCACACACUAGGGCUGACCCGAAUGCUUCGAAGCUUCAACUGUUGCCAUGGUAUUCAACCUCCAAAUCACUAUUCGAAUGCUUCGUUUUUUAAAUUUAAAAAAAAAAAAAAAAAAAAAAAAAAUGAUAUAUAAGUAUGUAAUAAUAAUGUAUGCUUCCCGAAAAACAGUAUUCUGGACAGCCCUAGCACA